AUGCACCACCACCUUGUGGUCCUCUCCUCACUCGCCGUUACUCUCGCGCCAUUCGUACGAGCGACGCGUCAUUACUCUAUCGUGAACAAUUGCCCACUCAGCAUCAACCUAUACAUCAACGGCGAAUCUCAGGGCUCUCUUGCUAGCCAGGCCGUGACGACGCGCGAUUUCGCCGACGGAUUCAGUGGUUUUAUCUACACUGAUUUCAAUCGCGGGAAUGUGGAUGGCGCAGGCACGGUUAGAGCGGGUUUCUUCGGAGACGCGGGGUACUACUAUAUUGUGAAAGAUACCAACUGGCUCAACGUCGGUGUAGGUAUUACUCCAAUCAACCGAGCUCCAAAAGGCGGCUUCUGCCUUCAGACCAACUGCGAAGUGUUCAACUGCCCGGACGCCUUCACCUCUCCACCAACCGCCUUCCCACCACCCGUGGGUGGCGUUCCUCCUGCCUCGCCGUUGUACGAGUGCCCCGUGGCUGAUACGGGCUAUACCGUCACGUUCUGCCCCGCCGGUACGAUCCCGAACUACCAAACUGGACCCAAUCACAUCCAACCUAUUAAGUCGAACACCAAGUGCCUUACCGUGGCUCCUCCCAUCCAGAAUGGUUCUCCUGUCAGCAUCCAUGACUGCGACGGCUCCGGAGCACAGCGAUGGGUCAUCAAGCGCGGCGGGCAGCAAAUCAAGCUCUCGGGAACUAAUUGGUGUCUCGACGCGGGCUCUAACCCUGCAAGCGGCGUUGGCGCGAAAGUCUGGCAGUGUUUCGACAAUCUUCCGGCCCAGUGGUGGGUCUACACACCCGACAACUAUAUUAGAAACAACCGAGCCCACUCGCGCGGUUUCUGCUUGGACCUCACCGACGGCGAUCUUACGAAUGGCCGCCAGACUCAGAUAUGGGAGUGUGCGUCUGGCAACCAGAAUCAAAUCUGGACGAUCUAG